AUUUACGGUCAUUUCUCAACACAGCAAGUGACAUUCAUCAACGGAGCGAAAACAACUUCUAAUUUUUUGAAUCUCAAUCAUUCGCAUUUCACAAUUUAUUAAAAAUGAACGCGUUAAAACAACUACAGACCUUAUACGAACAAGAACUACACACAAAUGUUAUUCAUUUAGCGGAAUUAACAUUAUCAUUUUCCGAAUUGAAACAAGACAUCACUCCACAAACAAAGUAUGAAAUCAACAUGUUAUAUGCAGAUGCUUUAUACCAUACCCAACAAUACCUGCAAGCAGACAAUGCAUACAGCAAAGCAUUGCAAAUUCGUAAAUACAUUGCAAAAAACAAGUCAACCAAAGCAAAUUCCACAAGCACUCCAGAAAACAAUCAAAACAAUUCCAAUAUCAGUCAGAAAGAACAACAAAAAGACAUAGAAAUUAACAUCAAAUAUAAAAUGUACCUAUGUAGGAUAAACAUGAAACAACCACAGAAAGCAAUUGAAAUUUUGCAAACAGUACCAGCACGAACAAGAAUUCCUAAAGUAAACAUGGCACUUGGAGAUUUAUACAUGGAAGCUGGUUUAGAACGCUCAGCAGCGACGUGCUACAAAGAAGUAUUACGUGAAUCAAGUUGCGCGCUUCUAGCAGCUGAGAAACUACUAAAACUCGGCGUGAAAGGCAUCGAAGUGAACUCGCUGAUGAUUGAAGCCACAUCAGAUCACAACUGGAUUAAUAUUUGGUUGCGUGGUCAAGCACAGAUGCAUUCCAAAGAGUAUUUAAAUGCAAUCAACACUUUUAAGAGCAUAGACGCAUUGAGAGAAAACGUUAACCUAUUGGUAACAGUAGCAUAUUGUUACGUUUAUCUCUGCAAUGAAAAAAUGGCGUUGAAAACCUUACAGAGAGUCGUCCAGUUAGACAACGGGUUUAUCACAGGGCGUGACUUGUUAGGAACAUUAUUAGCUCGUUCAGGAGAGAAGGAAGACUUGCGAGAGUUGGAAAGAUUAGCGACUAUUGAGUUGGAGACAUCUCGCUGGGCAUGUGAGCACUGGAUCGUCAUGGGGUGGUAUAUGUAUGCGAAUAAAAAGUAUGAGAAAGCUGCGUAUUUCGGUCACCAGGCGUGUUUAAUGCAGAAAUGUAAUGUGGAAGCGUUACUAUUAAAAGCCCACACAUUUCUUGCAUUAUCAAAGCAUGUGGAAGCAUUGCUACACUUUAAAGACGCGAUUCAUCAUGCGCCGCAACGAUUUGAAGGGCAUAAUGGUUUGGUGGAAGCAAAUUUUGUUUUGUUGCGAUAUCGCGAAGGGUUGACGAUAGCAGCGAAUGCUUGUAAGGUGUUGAAUAAUUCACCGCAAGCAUUAACUCUUUAUGCUUCGGUAAUCAUGAAAGAUUCAUCUACAAACGGUAAAGUUCGUGGUCUUUUGGAGAAAGCAAUCGCUGAUGAUCCAUCCUACUCGCCCGCCGUGUGUUUAUUCGUAGAAUACUUGGAUCAGGAUCAAAGAUAUCAGGAAGCAUGCAAUCUCCUACAGAAACACGUUGAAAAAUACCCAUCAUCCAAAAUGCAUCAACUGCUCGCCGAGAAUUUAAGCCGCCUGCAGAAGGACGAAGAAGCCUUCACACAUUACAACGCAGCGUUGCGUCUGGAUCCGCAUAAUCAACGCGCUAUUGAAGGAAUGAAUCGAUUGGCGCAGUCGCCGAAUAAGUUAGACUCUUCGCUGUCAUUCUAUCUACCAGAAUUGCCAGUCACGCCUGAGAAUAAUAGCUAUGUGUUACAAGGACCCAGCAUGCCGAUUGAUGACCUGGAGUUGAGUGAUUCCGAUCAGUGGCAGGACCGCGUCGAGGGUGACUCGGGCGAGUUAUCAUUCACGUAGAUUCGAGAGUAAUUUAUAUUCAUGUUUUAUUAUUAUAAGUUUAACUUUCA